UCGGUCCUUCCGACAUACUAUUUUCUGUCGUCUGUCUUUUCCUCUCUCACCACUUUCAGCCGACACCGGCAAAACAAAAGCUACCCAGCAUUUCGUAUUUCUUUCAUUUCUGCUGUGUUGGACUUUUCAGUUCCCUUCUGAAGCUUCCAGCUCAGACUGAAGACAUUUUUCACAGUUGACUUCUUGUUUGGGAUGUUGUUGAAUCAAUCAAUGUUUGUGUGGUGACAGAAGAUUACUAAUUACAGUCAUCCUCUCCGAUUCUUCGAUUUCGUUCUUGGUUUUGUUUGAGUAUUGAUAUUGUUAUUACUUUGGAAACGCCUCCAUUUUUGUCCUGUUUCUGAAAGGAUUUUAAUUGGAACCAAACCAAGAGUUUUUCUCUGUCCUAGCUCGCCGCAGCUGUUCCCAAAUUCCUCUCCGGCGAAUCUCAAAAUCCGUUCCUCAAUUAUUUUGCUUCCGCACUCUUAGGGAUGGAAAACCACGGUGGCGCCGCCGUCUCCCACGACUCAUUUUCGUCGUCUUUCAGCAAAUUUAAUACCGCACUUACCGCCGGACUUCUUAACCCAAUGUCGCCGCCGCCGACGGUCGAUAAAACCCGUUCCAGCCCGACCCUUUUCGAAAUGAUGGCUAGCGAACCCGAUAGCCUACCUAGAGCCACUCCAAUGACAACCCACCAGAUCCAAAAUGGCGUCGCCUCAACUAUCCCUAAUCAGAAACCUCUUGAUAAACAAGCCGUAAUGCAGCAGCGCCUAAUGGAUCUUUUAUCCUGUCGGAGCCCCGGGAACCAAUUUAACGACUCGGGUUCGGGUGAUGUUAAGCUAACUCUGAGCUCGAAAGAUGGUUUGAGUGUUACAAUGAGUGUUCAUAGGCAGAUCCUUGUAGUUCACAGUAGAUUUUUUGCGGAGAAAUUGUGCGAGAAAUGGGUUAAACAGCCAAGGAAUGUGGGCCCUUAUGUGGUGGAGAUUGCUGAUUGUGAUGAUAUUGAAGUUUAUAUAGAGACUUUGAAAUUGAUGUAUUGUAAAGAUUUGAGGAAGAGACUUAUGAAGGAGGAAGUCUCCCGAGUCCUUGGAAUCUUAAAGGUUUCUGCAGCUAUUGGAUUCGAUGCUGGUGUCUUAUCUUGUUUAGAGUUCUUAGAGGCGGCUCCAUGGGCUGAGGAUGAAGAGGAGAAAGUGGCUGCAUUGUUAUCAGAAUUACGUCUUGAAGGUGUUGGAGCUGGGGAAGUUUUAAAGAGGGUUUCUCUUGAUAUCACUGGAGGAACACAGGAGGGGAAAGAUAAUGAAGAAGUACUUCUUAAGCUGAUACAGGUAGUUCUCCAAGGAAAAGAUGAGAAGGCCAGGCGCGAGAUGAAAGUUUUAGUGUCAAAAAUGUUACGAGAGAAUUCUGCUCAUAGUGAUUUGAGGAAGGAGUCGCUAUACUCAGCUAGCGAAGAGUGUUUGAAGUCUCUGCGCCACACUUUUUUAAAGGCAGCAGAGGCGGAUAGGAAGGAUGUCUCCAAGAUUGCACACCAGGCUGAUAAUUUGCAUUGGAUUUUGGAUAUAAUGAUUGACAGACAGAUUGCUGAAGAUUUUCUCAAGGCUUGGGCAUCUGAAUCUGAACUAGCUAAAGCACAUUCAAAAGUUCCUGCCAUUCAUCGGUACGAGAUUAGCAGGGUUACUGCUAGGCUGUUUGUUGGGAUUGGGAAGGGGCAAUUACUCGCAUCUAAGGAUGCAAGAUGCUUACUUUUGCGAACCUGGUUAACCCCAUUUUAUGACGAUUUCGGUUGGAUGAGGAGAGCAUCUAAAGGGCUGGACCGCCACUUAAUUGAAGAAGGGCUGUGUAAUACUAUCUUAACUCUGCCUUUGGCCUGGCAGCAAGAAAUUUUUAUGUCUUGGUUCGAUCGCUUCCUGAAUUCUGGAGAAGAUUGUCCAAAUAUCCGACGGGGUUUUGAAGUUUGGUGGAGGAGAGCUUUUUGGAGGCGAAGUGAUGAGCCUGAGCGGCCUCGCCAAAUGCGUAUUGUAAAUGCUACAGUUGAGAAUUCGUGA